AUGCCAGAAAGCUUGGGAUCCUCAGACAAGCAAACGACCCAACCCAUCGCGAAGAGACUACAUCCACGAAAAAGUAAAGAAGGACUCAAAGAACCAAAGCAAAAGAAAAAGAAGGAGGCACCAAAAUUUGUUGCGGUCUGCACAGAACAAUGUGAAAA